UCGGCGUGCACAGUAUAAAUGACGAGUGCUGGUCACUCAGCCAGCACUGGACUCCUCUCUCUUUCCCUCAGCUGCAUUUCUCUCUCCCUCUCUCUGUCUGAGAAACCUUCUGCUAGAAUGAGGGUCCUGUCUGCUGUGCUGUUGCUGCUGCUCUGCUCUCUCCAGCUGGUCUACAGUGGUACCAGUAGCACUGACAACAACAGUGACUGCUGUAUUAAGCUCAGUAUGAUAAAGAUCCCCCUGCGACGUAUUAAAUCCUACUGGUGGACCAACAGCGACUGCCCCAAAAAAGCUGUUGUCUUUCAGACAGUUAAGGCCAAGUUCUGCGUAGAUCCAACAGCCUCUUGGGUCGCUGAUCACCUUAAAACACUGGACAAACGGCAAAAUUCAUCCACUGCAGCACCAAACUGAACAUCCUCAAAACCCUGAAGCUGACCUCAUUGACCACAUGAGAACAUUACAGUAGCAUGUACAGUAGAAUAUUUAUAUUUGUGCACAUUGUACAUAUGUAUAUUUCACAGUGAAAUAA